CCUUUAACCUCUCUUCUCCUUCGUCGCCCAGCCUUCGCCUCAGAGACCCUGGCCAUAACACACCCGUCAAAGAAAUUCUGUGUGAUUCUUCUCCGACACGCUAUGCGUUAUUCAAUCUUUCUUCUGAAAGCCUUUCCGUUCCAUGAUUUUUCUAAUCCUGUUGUAGCGAAAUUCUCCUUGUAGACACACUACCAGAAACAUUGGGUUCAUCAAGAAGUGUGAUAAAAAAUAUGGUCUGCUUAAACAAUAAUACAUUAAUAAAAUACACUUUUUGCGCCAAGGAACGAUUCAAACAGGCACAGUUAUGGCGCGCUACUUAUAAUGUAUAAUUAUGCUUUGGAGGUAGUUUACCUUUGCUUGAUGGUAUGAAAAUAAGUUAGUAAAUUUCUUAUUGAUAGAAACGAAGCUACAUUGCAUUUCUAUUGUCAAAUUAGUUUUGUUCAUUGAUAAUUUAUUAUGACAUCUAAUUUAUAACACUAUGAGUGAUAGAAAAGUUUGUUGCGUGUUAUGACGUGGACCUGAGUUAGGUUAGGAGACGUGUAACGCACAUCUGUUCUGUAUAAAUAAACUUCUUAUUAUUUUAGCACAAAAUGUUUGAAAUUACUGAUGUUCAAAAAAUUGGGGUCGGUCUCGCAGGUUUUGGCGUAUUUUUUCUCUUCUUAGGAGUAUUAUUGUUAUUGGACAAAGCACUUUUGGCUCUCGGAAAUAUAUUAUUUAUAUGUGGGUUGGCAUGUGUAAUUGGUUUGGAAAGAACCUUCCGCUUCUUUUUCCAAACACACAAAUUGAGAGGUUCUGCUGGAUUCUUCGGAGGAAUAUUUCUUGUAUUAUUAGGAUGGCCUUUAAUAGGCAUGUUGCUUGAAACUUAUGGUUUUGUUUUGUUGUUCAGUGGCUUCUUUCCUGUGGCAAUAAAUUUUUUAAGACGAGUGCCAGUUCUUGGAACGUUGUUAAACCUGCCUGGUAUUCGAGGGAUUGUAGAUCGUUUAGCAGGAGAUUCGAGUCGAACAACAGUAUGAGAUGGGGAUAUACAGCACUGGUAGUGUUGUAUGUAUAAUAAUGGUGCUAGAGUAGCACUUGACAACUGUGAUGAUUGUAUGUUGGUGAACUCAUACCUUCAAUUGAACCAUGUGCAUAUAAAUUAUUUGUAUUUUAAAGUGCAAUGGGCCCUGAUAUUUGAAAUUUCACCAGGCUGUGUGUAACUUAUCUAUCAGGUCCUGCUAUUUACCACGGUCACAUAAGUGUAUAUAGGAAUGUUUUUUUAGUUAAAUAAUUGCCCAAGAAAGAAAUUUUGUGGCUUUUCAAGUUGUGUUUUGGGACAAAUGUUGUACAGUGUGCAUGUUAAAUGGUCAUGUUUCUUGACUAAGUAAUGCUAUAAAAAUUGAAAGUUAACAGAUGUUGGACAAUACCUGGAUAUCCACUAAUAGUUGCAUAUUAAAUGUUUCACCAAUUUCUGCUAAACUUAAGCUGAAAAUCAUUUUGUAGUUACCAUGUUAAUAGUUAACUGUCGUCAUAUACAAGAGAGAAAAGAUUUGGUCUAUUAAUCUGUGAAUAAGAUAAAAUAAGUAUUUAAAAGUAGUGCUGUUUACCAUAAAAUCAGUUCCUUUUUUCAAUUUUUAAUAGUUAAAGGGAUGAAUAGUGUGAAUUUCACUUAUUUGUUGACACAUUUUUAUAUUUUCAAAUUUAUCAUAAUCUGUUUUAUGCCUAUUGAAUGCCUGCUUGCCCAUCAUAAGCUUUUAUAUGUCUGAAUGUUUUGUACUUUGCUCCAGUAUAAAAAUUGGUCAGUUUUGAGACCAAUAUGACAUUCCUGUGGAUUUUUUUUGUAUGGUAUGUUAAGACAGUAAUUGAAUGUAUAAUAUUUUGAACAAUUUAUUAAAAAGGAAAGUCAAUUGAUAUCUGAAAAAAACUUUAAUUAAUUUUGUCAGAAAAAAUCUUGUUUAUUAUAAAUUUUUCUAUAAAUUGCGAGGUGUGGAAUUUUCAAUAAUUAUCACAAGCAAACACAUGGUUGCCUUAUGUUCUAAUUAAUUGGGAAUGCCUUUUUUACUCUUUUUCUCCAUGUCCAGAAGAUUAAGCCAGGAAGUCUAAUAUUCUGAUUUUUUUAAAUUGUUGAGUAGCUGAUUGAAAGAAAGAAAUUGUAUGAAAUAGCAAGAGAAUAGGGAAUAUACAUGGAGUGGAGUGCAAUGCAGUCUGGUGACAGGUGAUCAGUAUUGACCAUUCGAAAAAAAUUGUGUUCAAAAUUUUUGGAGGAAAACAGGAAGUCAGAUUCACCUGAUUUGGACAAAUGGCUAGAAUUUUAUGGAAACCAUGAAAUA